AUGAGGACUGCUGCCAUUCUCGCCAUCGCGGGUUUCCUCAAGAGCCAUGCUCAAGCGCAGCCUUCAGUGGCUGAGCAUGAGCCCUCAGUCGAUGUCGACAUCCAGGGGCUGAAUGAGACUGACGUUGGUCCCCAGGGCCCCAGGGGCCUGCUUCCAGAUGUCUGCUAUUGCGCCAGGUGCGGAUAUAAUAUGAACGUCUGCACCUGCAAGGAUCCUCUCCUACCUUCGUGCAUGGUAAAAGCAAAGCUUCACACGAGCACUGUCACUUGGAAGCCGGCUACUUAUACGUUUACCACCCCACGAGCCUACGUAUACUGUCGAGCCAACUCUUCCUGGGCCAACCUGGAGGCCAACUCACAGUCGGCAACCAACCCACACGUGGGAGCCGACUCACACGUGGGAGCCAACUCACACGUGGGAGCCGACUCACACGCGGGAGCCAACUCAUACUUGGAAGCCAACUCACACCUGGGAACCAACUCAUACCUGGGAACCAACUUAUACCCGGGAGCCAAGUUACACGUGGGAGCCGACUCACACGCGGGAGCCAACUCACACGCGGGAGCCAACUCACACGCGGGAGCCAACUCAUACUUGGAAGCCAACUCACACCUGGGAACCAACUCAUACCUGGGAACCAACUCACACGUGGGAGCCUACCCACACAUGGGGACCGACUUAUACCGACGAGCCAACUCCCACCUGGAAGCCAACUCAUACUUGGAAGCCAACUCAUACUUGGAAGCCAACUCAUACUUGGAAGCCAACUCAUACUUACGAGCCAACUCCCACCUGGAAGCCAACUCAUACUUGGAAGCCAACUCAUACUUGGAAGCCAACUCACACCUGGAAGCCAACUCACACGUGGGAGCCAACGCACACUUGGGAACCGACUCACACGUGGGAGCCAACUCACACUUGGGAACCAACCAAGCCCUACGAGACUACUUAUACCAUCGAACCAACUUAUACCAGGAAGCCGACUCGCACUUGGAAGCCGACUCACACCUGGAGGCCAACUCAUACCAGGGAGCCAAGUCACACCUGGACGACUACAGAGCCUUACGAGCCCACUCAUACCGGCAAACCAACUCUGUCCCGGCCGAGCAGUACCUGGGACCUACCCAGCCUGGAAAGAAGAAAACCAAGGCACCCAAAACCAAAAGUACAAGCAGCUACGCUGCCGUGCCGACGUACUCUCCAGGGCCAACCCAUACCGGGGAGAAGCCAACCUACUCCAAGCCCGCCUACACGACGUCUUUGAAGAAAGUCUUGCUCCCCAGCCCCGGCGCCAACAUUCAGCGUCGCUCAGACGACUACCACGAGGCCGCUGGGUGCGGCGCCGAGGACGUCAAGCCAUGCGAUAAGACUCACCCUCACUGCCCUCACUGCGGUAAACCUUAUGACGAGGCUCACCCUCCCAACGACGGCACGCCCUGCGACGGACAUGACCACGAGGGCCACGCCUGUCCCCAAGGCUGCCACCACCCUGCGCCUGCUCAGAACGGGACGCAGUGGCUCGCUCCGUCUGCGAGCAUGAUGGGCGGUGGUGACCGCAUGCCCGUCAGCACAGACACACCCAUCAGUGCCGGCGAGGUGACGUCUGUUUCUGGCACUGCCCUCGGCAUUGUCUUUGUGGCCGGCUUCCUUCUUUUCUAA